UCGAUAAUUUGUGGUUGCCUUUCGAAAAUAUUUAUUACCACACCUAUUAAAUUAACUGUAUGUGAAAUUAUUGAAUUACACCAGCUCUCACAAAAGCUUUACAGGAGAUUCCGACGAGAAAAAGUCUAGGUUUAAACAAGUUUUCGAGAUCAAAAUCUCAAAGGAGAAAUUGAAGAACAAAACAAACUAGAUAGCUUCUAGAUACUGAAUUCGAUAACAUUUUAGAGAGAUUUCAUAGAUUAGGAUCAUUGUACCUGUUAUGUUCUCAUUUCAAUAACAUUCUAAUGUUAUUUUAUAAGGUUUAUGUGCCCACUGGUAGUUGCUGCAAUUUUACUUUUUCACAACAAAAUCUUGUUUCAGCUUCAUCACUGCACAAAAUUUGGAGUUAUCACUGCAUAAUUACGAUUUAUCACUGCACGCUAAAUAAACCCUGAUUAAACGUGUGGAAUUUUGCGCGCAACAAGCUAGGCCUAUUUCGAGAUUAGUCAUAGUCACGUGGAUUCCAUUUUCAGAUAAGUAGAUCUGAGUGGGUAUUUCCUUCAGUUUCAUUUUCUAACAUAAUUUUACUUUGCAUUUCCUUUUACCUCCAGGGGCAUAUUUGCGAAAAGACGAUAAGUUGAUCCGCUUCCUCCAACUGCCUUUUUUAGUUCGACAAACAUUUUACUGAGAAGCUUAUCAGGGUAAAUAGAACGAAGAGACAAUUAGUUAGGGCUUUACUUGGAGAUAAUUUAGGCCAGAUUUAAUGGUUUAAGCGGAUGUGGCAAAUUUACUGGGUCAGACCAUGGAAGCAUAUUUGCAACAUAUGGUUUGACAAACUGCGAGGCUACAAGAAAUGGCUCGAUUUUAAAGGUUUUUAUUCUUCAUCUCUGUUGUUUUGAUAUCUGAAUUUGUGAUAAUAAAGAAGUAUGAACGAAGAUACAAUCGCCUAGUCUCUUUAUUUUCUUCAAGUGGAAUUCUGGAUUUGGACUGUCCAAAAAUAGCCCCCAGAGAGACUAAAGGCAUAAAAAAGCUGGAAAAGGAGCGGAUCAUAUCACAACAAACAAUUGUCACAAUUUCCACAACGGAUUGGGUCCCCCGUCAAAAUAUUUUGCAACAACGGCGGAAUGGUUUGUAUGCGAGCUCAAUGGAGCAUCGCUUCGCGUUUGUAAAUAUGUGAUGCUGACCAGAAAUAAAUUUUGAAGUGCUAACAGUUCGGACAACAGAGUCUUGAUAAAGUUAUGUCAAAUUCGCGAGAGAGCUUAUUCAAAAUGCUCACGGCAUUCAGCUUCGACGAAAUCGAUCAGGAUUUUGUUGACGUGAAGUUGUUUGAAAAGAUUGACAAGAUCGUGAAAAGGCUUUCUGGCCAUGGUGGAGUUAGAAUGAAAUCAGACCGAAAAAAUCAUGGUGCAUCUAAUUGUGAAACUUUCACAGGUGCUGACUUAGUUGUGGCUAUCAAGAGUUUGUUCAAUAUAUCAGAUAAUGCUGAAGCCAUUAACCUUGCACAUCUGCUGCUGCAUUAUGGGUACAUUUAUCCAGCAGAUGGACAGAACAGUGCGCUGAUAAUGAAGGAUGAUGGGACUACUUACAAGUUUCAGAAUUCUAAGUUUUGGCCAUCCCACAAACCAAAUGGAAGUGAAGAAGAAUAUGCUGUUUACCUACAAAAGAAAAAAUUAUUGUCAAAAGGCAAAGAUGGCUUAUGUUCCCACGAGAAGGCCUAUUUUAACAAACUCUUUGAGCUAUUUGGGACAAGGUGGAAAAUCGUUUUACAAAAAGCCGAAGAGCAAAGUAGGGUUCUACAAGCUGUCAAAAAGUCAGAACGGUGCAUGAUGGAGAAGGAAGAGAAUUCGUUUUGGAGAGUACAUAGGCCACCAGAGGACAGCCUCGACAUGUUUGAUGUUGGGCAGAAACGAUUUUUUAACAGAUAUUCAAGAAAGGAUCUACGUACACUAUCACUGCUGCAGAACCAGGUACAUUCUUUGAAAGAAAGAGCAGCUCUGACAAAAAUCCCUUCAUCAGUGGCAAUCAACAAUCUCAUAACACAUUGUGAUCAGUUUGCUAAGAUUGAUGUUCUCUUGAACUCAUCCAGUGAAGUUGCAGGGAGUAGUUUCUGGUUGAAAGAUUUUGUACCUAGGACACUUUCGCUGAAUUUGCAAAGACUGGAAAGAUGGUCGAUAUCUUUGAAUCAAUUGCUUUCAGACGAGAAGGGCGUCGAACAGUUUGCAAUGUUCCUCAAGAAAGAGUUUAGCGAAGAAAAUCUAAAAUUUUGGCUUGAUUGUGAAAACUUGAAGUAUGCGGCAAAAUCUACAGUGCCAAGCACGGUCAUUAGAAUAUACAGGGAUUUCAUGGCACCAGGAGCGAAAUUUGAAAUCAAUGUCGAUAACAAAGCAAUGUCACUUAUUCGUGAAGGAAUUAAGAAUCCUUCAGUGUAUGCAUUUGAUUUGGCACAGAAACAAAUAUUCAAUCUUAUGAGCACUGAUAGUUAUCCACGUUAUCUGAAAUCAAAAGAUUACAUUGACUUGGUAGAGAGAGCAAAGUCGGACAAUACUGCCAAAGCAAGGAAGUCAAACAGGUUCCUGAAUGCUGCACGCGGAUUUGUUAAUCGACCGUCUCUGACAGAUUUGUUUUCGAGUCAACAAAAGGAACAUCGAAAGUUAGGCCGUAGCAGCAGCGAUUUUCAGUCAAAGCAAACUAGGGAAGAGCGUAAUGGCAGCUUCACAAGCACUACGUUUUAUUUGCAGCCAAAAUUGAGCGUUGAGAAGUCUUGUUCUGAGAGCGAUCUCACAAAAAUAGACGACCUUUCACAUCCGGGAUCUCCUUUACCACAAAAAUCAGCCAAUCGAAUGAAGCUAAAAGGAUUGCCUAUACUGAAGCUUUCAAGAUCGAUAACUCCAACUGGUUCUCCAGGGGGCAGUCCGUCCCAGUCUGGUCCCCCGAGUCGCAGUGAAUCCCCACUUCCUUCACCAUGCACGACAAGGAGAAAGUUUGAUUUUCGUCGGGGCUCGGAUAAAAAGCCACCAGCACUCGCUAUUGGUGAAUUAAAUGAAAAGCUGUCAUUGGUGAAGAAAAACCAGGACGAAUCACAUGACGAUUUAAGCGAAUGGCAUUGGCAGAAAAUAUCACAUGACUUUUACUAGGUAGGCUAAUUCAAUUUUGCUCAAUGAAAUAGAAAAGGCGUUGCUGACUCAAUAUUAUGCUUUAACAGAAAGACAUGAAAGGAAGUCAGUUGAUAAUAAAAACAGUUAGAAUUGUACAAGCCAGUUGAAUGAAGUAAUCGUAGGAGGUCGUCUUCUUGUGUUGAGAAGUCGUGAAAUUUUGUUAAUAAAAUUUUAACUGAGUGUUAUUAUUCAGAAGGAAUAAAACAUGUAUAGAUGUAGGGCGAUGUGUAAUAAUUCUCGAUCACUGGCCUAGUUGUUGGACUGUUGUCAUGGA